UAACAGAGCGAAACUCCAUGUCAAAUAAAUAAAUAAAUAAAUAAAUAAAUAAAUAAAUAAAUGCCCAAACUAUCUCAGCUUCUCCCAUCCCCCAAGUCCAGACCAUCCCUUCUAAGCUGGUCUAUGAGGUCUAGGAGGUCCUGAUGGUCUCCCUUUCUCUCCCUAAUCAGUCUGGGGGCUCCCUGAGAAAUAGCCAGAGGAGCCCCAUCACCCAUCACCAGGACAGGGAGUGGCGCCUCAAAGGGCUGGGAGGGAAUGACUCCACCCAGGGCCUGGCUAGCAGUGGGUGCCCAGGAAUUAUUCUUUCGAGCCAUUGACUGAGUAUACACAAGUGUGGCCCUGAUAGUGAGGCUAUCCUACCCAACCAGGAAGAGGCUUGGGCAAACGUGGAGCACUAAGAGAGGCAAUUUCUUGGCCAAGGUACCCCCAUCCUCUCCAUUGCAUACCCGAUUUGAUGGGGUGUUACAGGCCUUUCCAGGAGGGGCAGAGGUGCUCCUUUACCAGCAACUCCCUCCCUCUCCCUCCAAGGGUGGAUUCCCCAGGCCGCAGCCAGGCAAUGGAAUGUUGUGUGGUUGGUUGCCAGGCAACCAGAGCCUGCUGGUGGCUGCCUUCUGGGAGAGCUGAGCAGGCUUCCACACCACGCUCCACAGAACCCCCAGGGUCUCCUAGGCUUGUGCAAAACUCCAGCUGGUGGAAAGAAAGCUGGGGCAAUUGCCAGAAGGAUGGCGGUGCCCUGGGAGGAAUAUUUCCGACUGGCUUUGCAAGAGAAACUGUCUACGUGUUCCGCACCAGAAUGGCAGCUCUGAAACAGCGCUGGGAACAGCUGGAACAGAAGGAGCGGGAGCUAAAGGGGUCGUUCAUCCGCUUUGACAAGUUUUUGCAGGACUCCGAGGCCCGGCGCAAUCGCGCGCUGCGGAGGGCGGCGGAGGAGCGACACCAGGCGAGCCGCCGGGAGGCGGAGGCGCUGCGUCUGCGGACCCAGCUCGAGGAGCUACGGCAGGAACGCGCGCGGCUGCAGCGCCGGCUUAAGCGCCUGGAGCCCUGCGCGCGCCUGCUGGAGCAAGCUCUGGAGCUGCUGCCCGGGUUCCAAGAGGUCCCGGAACUGGUGGCGCGCUUCGACGGCCUGGCCCAGACACAGGCGGCGCUGAGGCUCAGGGAGCGCGAGCGGCUAGCGGAGCUGGAGGCGGCGCGAUCGCGACUGCAGCAGCUGCGGGACGCCUGGCCGGACGAGGUGCUCGCACAGGGCCAGAGGCGGGCGCAGCUGCAGGAGCGCCUGGAGGCUGCCAGGGAGCGUACGCUGCAGUGGGAAUCCAAGUGGAUGCAGAUUCAGAACACAGCAGCGGAGAAGACUCUGCUCCUGGGACGCAGCAGGAUGGCUGUGCUCAACCUGUUCCAGCUAGUGUGCCAGCAUCAGAGGCAGCCGCCCACCCUGGACGUUGAGGACACGGAGGGACAACUAGAGCAGGUGAAGCUGUUCAUGCAGGACCUCUCUGCCAUGCUGGCUGGCCUGGGUCAGGCUGAGCCUGCGGCCCCUGCCUCCUAGCCCUGACCCAGCCCACUCCCAGCUGCAACCAUGUCCCGGUGGGAGGAAGGCGGACCAACUCCCACCUCCGGCACCUGGCUUGUGCUCUGAGCCUCAAUUUCCUCAUCGCUAAAUGGACACAGCAGCAGAACCUACCCUGGGGAGACCCACAACUCCUCUGCCACAUUAGCUGGGAUUUUAGUACCUGGGUCUCUCCAUUCCAACUCCCCAAGUAGACUGCACUCCUGGCCCACCAGCAGUGCUCAAUAAAGAUUUAUUAUAUUAAAAAUUCCAUCGCCAAACCCUGAGGCACUCAGGGCUCUGACUGGUGCAGCCAUGACCUCUGAACCCAGAACACAUGGAAGCAGCAGCAGCUGAGUUGCCAACUCAGGUCUUGGCCUGCCUGGCUUUGCUGCCGAACUCCUACACACCCUUCAAGGCCCUGCUCAAAUGUCUCUGUCUUCGGCUGACGCAGCUGCUGCCCUUCCGUGGCCAUACAGUGCUCCUUUUCACGGAUGAUGGCUCCUGCAGGGAGUGCCCCCUGUGCCCAGCACUGGGCCAGGCACACAGUGGUGCACAGGAACGUCUGCCGAUGCCCACCCUAAGGCCAAUCAAGGAGCCACGGAGCUGGGUCCCGGUCCUCACAUCCUCUUCCGCAUCUUGCCCUUCUUGGAGCGGGCGACCCGGCCGAAGGCGCCCUGCUGCAGCUCCUGGACGCGGCGGCGGUUGCGGGCAGAGAGCUGCUUGAGGCCACCACGCUGCAGGAAGCGCAGCUUCUGGGCCCGGCGCCGCUGCUUCAGGAUCUGCUGCUUGGUCUUGAGUUCCGGGCGGACGCAGCCUGCAGGGGUGCCUGGGGCGUGGGGCCGGGAUGCACCUGCUGGGACAGGGAUUCAGGGAGCUCAGCUGUUGGAAUCACUCCCAAGAUCCCCUCCUCCCAGGAGCUCGCAGACUCCUUCCCUGUCCCUCCUCCUGUUCUGUGCUUAUUGCUGUGGCCCAGUGUCUGUACACAGUAGGUGGCUAAUAAAGCUUUAGGCAGCC